AUGGCAGCAGAGACCCUCAACUUUGGGCCUGAGUGGCUGAGGGCUCUUUCUAGCGGUGGCAGCGUGGCCUCCCCACCCCCGUCUCCUGCCAUGCCCAAGUACAAGCUGGCUGACUAUCGAUAUGGGCGAGAGGAGAUGCUGGCUCUCUACGUCAAGGAGAACAAGGUCCCAGAUGAGCUGCAGGACAAGGAGUUUGCUGCGGUGCUACAGGAGGAGCCGCUGCAGCCCCUGGCACUGGAGCCUCUGACCGAAGAGGAGCAGAGAAACUUCUCCCUGUCAGUGAACAGUGUGGCUGUGCUGAGGCUGAUGGGGAAAGGGGCUGGCCCCGCCCCAAGCGGCGCCUCCCGUGGCAGGGGCAGCACUCGGAGCCGAGGUCGUGGCCGUGGUGACAGUUGCUUUUACCAAAGAAGCAUUGAAGAAGGCGACGGGGCCUUCAGUCGAAACCCCCGGGAGAUCCAGCGUAGCCAGAGUUGGGAUGACAGAGGCGAGAGGCGCUUUGAGAAGUCGGCCAGGAGGGAUGGAGCACGAUCCGGGUUUGAGGAGGGAGGGGCUGGUCCGAGGAAGGAACAUGCCCGCUCAGAUAGCGAGAACUGGCGUUCUCUCCGCGAGGAGCAAGAGGAAGAGGAGGAGGGCAGCUGGAGACUUGGGGCUGGACCCCGGCGAGAUGGUGACCGCUGGCGUUCAUCUAGCCCUGAUGGUGGCCCCCGCUCGGCUGGCUGGCGGGAACAUGGGGACCGCCGUCGCAAGUUUGAUUUUGAUUUGCGAGGGGAUCGAGGAGGGUGUGGUGAAGAGGAGGGCCGGGGUGGGGGGAGCAGCUCUCAUCUCCGGAGGUGCCGAGGGCCUGAUGGCUUUGAUGAUGACAAGGAUGGGCUCCCAGAGUGGUGCCUGGAUGAUGAGGAUGAAGAAAUGGGCACCUUCGAUGCCUCUGGAGCCUUCUUGCCUCUCAAGAAGGGCCCCAAGGAGUCCAUUCCUGAGGAGCAGGAGCUUGACUUCCAGGGUCUGGAGGAAGAGGAGGAAGAGCCUUCCGAAGGGCCGGAUGAGGAGGCCCCUGAGGCAGGUGGGAAGGAACUGACCCCAUUGCCACCUUCAGAGGAGAAGUCCAGCUCUCCAUCUCCAUUGGCUACCUUGGGCCCACUCUGGGGAGCUAAUGGGGAAGGAGGUGAUGCUCUGGAGAAAGACCUGCCAGUUACUGAAGGAGAUGAUUUGAGGGGCAUGCAGCUGAGUCCCGGAGUGGGCUCACCCCCCGGCCCGCCUGGAGAUCUGGAAGAUGAUGAAGGCUUGAAGCACCUGCAGCAGGAGGCGGAGAAGCUUGUGGCAUCCCUACAAGACAGCUCCCUGGAGGAGGAGCAGUUCACGGCUGCCAUGCACACCCAGGGCCUACGACACUCUGCAGCUGCCACUGCCCUCCCUCUCAGCCAUGGUGCGGCCCGAAAAUGGUUCUACAAGGACCCACAGGGAGAGAUCCAAGGCCCCUUUACAACACAGGAGAUGGCAGAGUGGUUCCAGGCGGGCUAUUUCUCCAUGGCCCUGCUUGUGAAGCGUGGUUGUGAUGAGGGCUUCCAGCCACUUGGUGAGGUGAUCAAGAUGUGGGGUCGUGUCCCCUUUGCUCCCGGGCCCUCACCACCCCCACUGCUGGGAAACAUGGACCAGGAGCGGCUGAAGAAGCAGCAGGAGCUGGCGGCAGCGGCACUGUACCAGCAGCUGCAGCACCAGCAGUUUCUUCAGCUGGUCAACAGCCGCCCCCUCCAGCAGUGUGGGCUCCGGGAAAAGGUGGCGCUGGGGGACUUGACGCCACCGCAGCAGCAGCAGCUUACCGCCUUCCUGCAGCAGCUCCAAGCUCUCAAACCCCUCAGAAGUGGGGACCAGAACCUGCUCCCGACGAUGAACCGGUCUUUGUCGGUGCCAGAUUCAGGCUCCCUCUGGGAUAUACAUACCUCAGCCUCAUCACAAUCAGGCGGUGAGGCCAGUCUAUGGGACAUACCAAUUAACUCUUCGACUCAGGGUCCAAUUCUAGAACAACUCCAGCUGCAACAUAAAUUCCAAGAGCGCAGAGAAGUGGAGCUCAGGGUGAAGCGGGAAGAGGAGGAGCGCAAGCGCCGGGAAGAGAAGCGACGCCAGCAGCAACAGGAGGAGCAGAAGCGGCGACAGGAGGAAGAGGAGUUGUUUCGGCGCAAGCAGGUGCGGCAACAGGAGCUACUCCUGAAGCUGCUACAGCAGCAGCAGGCGGUGGCCACCGUCCCAGUGCCCCCUGCACCCAGCUCCCCACCCCCUCUGUGGGCUGGGCUGGCCAAGCAAGGACUCUCCAUGAAGGCGCUGCUUGAACUGCAGUUGGAGAGCGAGCGACAGCUGCAUAAGCAGCCUCUGCCUCGGGAGUCAUCGCGGGCCCAGGCCCCCAACCACCGAGUGCUUGGGGGCCUGGGCGCUACUCCCGUGAACCAGUGGGUAUCUGAGUCCGGGUCGCUGUGGGGCGGUCCCGACAAGAGUGGGGGCAGCAGCGUCGGCCUGGGGCUUUGGGAGGACACCGUCAAGAGCAGCGGGAGCCUGGCCCGCAGCCUGGGCCUGAAGAACAGCCGGAGCAGCCCCUCUCUCAGUGACUCGUAUAGCCACCUGUCUGGUCGGCCUGUGCGCAAAAAGACCGAGGAGGAAGAGAAGCUGCUGAAGCUGUUACAGGGCAUUCCCAGGCCCCAGGAUGGCUUCACCCAGUGGUGUGAGCAGAUGCUGCACACACUGAGCACCACGGGCAGCCUGGAUGUGCCCAUGGCUGUAGCGAUCCUCAAAGAGGUGGAAUCCCCCUAUGAUGUCCACGAUUAUAUUCGUUCUUGCCUGGGGGACACGCUGGAAGCCAAAGAAUUUGCCAAACAAUUCCUGGAACGGAGGGCUAAACAGAAAGCCAGCCAACAACGGCAACAGCAGCAGGAGGCGUGGUUGAGCAGCGGCUCUCUGCAGGCCGCCUUUCAGACCAACCACAGCACCAAACUUGGCCCUGGGGAGGGCAGCAAGGCCAAGCGGAGGGCACUAAUGCUACACUCGGACCCUAGCAUCUUGGCUAAAGAGACUUUGAGCCUGGAGAGGCCUUAA